UCGGCAAACCUUCCUGCUCAUCAGACGGAGGACCGAUGCGACCAUCGACAAGGUCACUCAAGCCGGAGCAGCGCGCCGUCCUGGAAGCCACGUUCGACCUCAAGGCCACGCCCGAUUCGUUCCUCACUCGACGUCUCGCGGAGGAGUGCAACCUGAAGCCGCGCCAAGUGCAGGUGUGGUUUCAGAACCGCCGCCAGCGGCUGCACAAACGAAAGAGGCCCGUCAAUACGACGUCGCCGUCAGCGGCCGAGCCACCGGCGAAAAAGGCGGCAGCGGAGCCCGCGAGCAGCGAGCCCGAGAGGAGCGAGCCGGUCGAGAGUGAGUCGGUCGAUAGCGAGGCGGACCCGUGCUCGCCCGCGCUGACCUUCUACACGGACGACUUUGGCGCCGAGCUCCCGCUCCUUUGGCUCGACGAGCUCGACGUCGGCACGGCGUGCGAUGACUUGGGGUCGGAGACGGAGACGACCAUCAACUCGCCGGCACCUCAGCGGCUGGACGCCGAGCCGCACGCCUUUGCGUUUGGCAGCGGCGAGCACCUCUCGACCGCGGAAAUGCUCUCUCUGCUUGAGCUCACCACAGAGCCGCUUGGCCGCUAGCGACAGCGCGCUGUCAUCUUUGAGUCGCAUCGCGCCCUGCGGAAAGGCGUGCAGUGUACCUCUCCGCGACCGGCCGCGUCGUGGCCGGCCCUCACCCGUGCCGCCGCCGCCCUCUGGGAGGCUUGUUCAAUAGCUUGCUAUGCAAAGGUGUUGAGGAGGACUACGUCUAUUUGUGUGCAGCUACGUAUCGCCCGUAUGCUCCGAGACAGAGCGGGGCGUCCAUACGUCUCCCCUCUGCGCGUGUGACGUGACUCAGUCGUGACGCAUGCGUGCGGGGCCAUCCACAUGCGAGAGCCUGUGUGAGAGGGUACAUUAUAGGGUCAAGCAGAGCACUGUGUGCCAGCCUGUGUCGUACGUGUGUGUCGCUCUUGUUUAGUAGAGUGUAGGCGUCGCACAUCGUAAGCGCGGUAAGGGAUGUGCGCGCCCUC